GGUUCCAGCAUCAUACAAAAUAGAGAAUCUAAGUCAACUAAAGACCCGAACACUGAAAACAUAUUGCCACCACUUGGCAGGUAUUCAAACAACACCACCAUUUACAUAUUGUGUGCAGUAUUUCUUGUGAUCUUAUCGGUGGCUAUUGUGUUUAAGUUGCAAAAGAAAAAUAAAGGUAGAAGUCAAUCAGAAGAAACUACAGCUGAUGCACCUCCAUCCUUGCCAGGCCCAUCAUUGUCAGGCCAAUCAGAGCAAGGUGAUGAAGCUUGUCAUAUUGAUUUAGGAACAAACCAUGUUGUUUAUCGAGGUGCCCAUUCAAGUGAGAUGGGAGACAAAUCCCUAAACACAGUAUCCGCUUUGACUCAUGGGACUGAAAAUAAUGGUUCAGCAGACAGAGUUGAGGUAGAAGCACAGCUUCCAGGUACUCCUUCUUGUAUUAAUGAAACACCAAGGGAUUUACACCAACCAACUGACAAGAACACAUUACGCCCAAACAUUGUACCUUGUCUGGUGCCUGCUUCCUUGGGUGAGUGUCAGUUUUAGUGCCUAGUACU